AUGGCCACCGCCGCCGAGCCCCCCGGCAGCCUGAGCCAAAGCUUGGAGAACCUCGCCUUCGCCGCCCGUUCAUACAAGCAAGGCAUCCGGCCCUGGGACCAGGACGGCCCCUCCGACGCCCUGGAGGAGCUCCUCCUCACACGACACGAUCUCGUGCCCCCAGCCCAGACCCGAGACCUGCAGGGAAAUCCGAUCCGUCCAACGGCCCUCGUGCCGGGCUGCGGACGCGGCCACGACGUCCUCCUGCUCAGCAAGUUCUGGUACGACGUCGUGGGGCUAGACGUCAGCCCGGACGCUCUGCGCAUGGCCGAGGAGAACAGCCGCGAGGCGGAGCGGACCGCACGGCUUCAGCCCGGGCGAGGCUCGGAAACGGGCACCAUCAAGUGGCUCCAAGGCGACUUCUUCUCCCCAGACGUGCUGGGCGGCCUGGGAGCCGGCGGCUCGGGCAAGUUCGACCUGAUAUACGACUACAUGUUCCUGUGCAUCCUGCCCCCCGAAGCGCGCCCCAAAUGGGCCAGACGCAUGUCCCAACUCCUCCAGCCCGCAGGCCACCUCGUGUGUCUCGAGUGCCCGUCUGGAAAGGCGCUCUCCGAGGGCGGCCCCCCCUGGGGCGUGCGGCCCGAGACGUACGAGGCGCUGCUGGGCGCCCCCGGCAAGGACAUCUCGUACGACGCCGACGGGAGCCCCGUGGUCGCGACGGCCGCCAAGCCGGACGCCAACGCCCUGCACCGAUCGGGCCUCAUCAGGCCGGCCAAGACGCAUCCCGCGGGCACCAACGCGGACGGCACCGUGUCGGACUUUAUAUCGGUCUGGAGCCGCUGA